AUGAGCUUCUCCAUUGCACACUGCGUGCACCAACCUCUUCCUCAUGCUUCCGCAAACAAAGUAGCCACUCUUCAUCAUCAUUCACACCACCCACCACCCAUAGUUUCUGUGCCGCAGACUCCAUCGCUUUCGAAAAACCGCCAUGGAAGCAGCUUCACCAAGUCCCGUAUUCAACCCCUCAUCGACCUCUUAAAGUCCUGCGACGAAAGUGGGUCUCUAAAGCAUGCAAAUUGCGUUCAUGGGCACGUUCUAAAGUCAGGUUUUGUCGACCGCGACUUGUUGGUGCUUCUGAAUCACGCAGCUCACGCCUACUCUAAAUGCAAUGACUACGAAGCUGCCCGCAAGGUGUUUGAUGGAAUGUCUCACAGAAAUGUGUUUUCUUGGACCGUCAUGAUUGUUGCGUCCAAUGAACAUGGCUACUACCGCGAUGGGGUGGAACUCUUUUGCAUGAUGUUGGACCAAGGGGUGUUGCCGGAUGGCUUUGCUUUCUCUGCCGUGUUGCAGUCAUGUGUGGGGUUAGAUUCGGUUGGGUUGGGUGAGAUGGUGCAUGCUCACGUUGUUGUGACGGGCUUUCUAAUGCAUACUGUUGUCGGUACUUCACUUCUUAACAUGUAUGCAAAGUUGGGGGAGAGUGAGAGUUCAGUUAAGGUGUUCAACACUAUGCCAGAGCUUAACAUUGUCUCUUGGAAUGCAAUGAUUUCAGGGUUUACCUCUAACGGUUUACACCUACAAGCAUUUGAUUGUUUUAUGAACAUGAUUGAAGUAGGGGUCACACCUAAUAAUUUCACCUUUGUAAGUGUUUCCAAGGCAGUUGGACAGUUAGGUGACAUUCACAAGUGUCACCAAGUUCACAGCUAUGCUUCUAAUUUGGGAUUGGAUUCCAAUACUUUGGUUGGGACAGCUCUUAUUGAUAUGUACUCCAAGUGUGGGUCUAUGUCUGAUGCGCAAGUUCUUUUCGAAUCAAAGUUCUCUGGUUGUCUUGUUAACACGCCUUGGAAUGCAAUGAUAACGGGUUAUUCACAAGCUGGUUCUCACGUAGAGGCUUUGCAACUAUUCACAAGAAUGUGCCAAAAUGAUAUCAAACCAGAUGUUUACACAUUCUGUUGUGUGUUCAACUCGAUUGCUGCUUUGAAGUGUCUGAAAUCCUUGAGAGGGACUCAUGGGAUGGCUUUGAAAUGUGGAUUUGAUGCAAUGCAGAUUAGUGCAACCAAUGCCCUUGCUGAUGCAUAUGUCAAAUGUGACUCACUUGAAGCUGGAGAGAACAUAUUUUAUAGAAUGGAAGAGAAAGACAUAGUAUCUUGGACAACCAUGGUGACUGCAUAUUGCCAAUGUUCUGAAUGGGGAAAAGCCUUGGCCAUCUUCUCGCAGAUGCGCAAUGAAGGCUUUGUGCCCAAUCAUUUUACCCUUUCUAGUGUGGUUACCGCAUGUGGAGGUCUUUGUUUACUAGAAUUUGGCCAGCAAAUUCAUGGUCUGACAUGCAAGGCCAGCAUGGAUACUGAAACCUGCAUAGAAAGUGCUCUAAUUGACAUGUAUGCCAAAUGUGGCAAUCUAACAGGGGCAAAGAAGAUUUUCGAAAGGAUCUCUAACCCAGAUACAGUUUCAUGGACAGCCAUAAUAUCCACUUAUGCUCAACAUGGUCUCGUUGAAGAUGCCCUCCAACUCUUCAGAAAGAUGGAACAGUCAGAUGCAAAGAUCAAUGCUGUCACGUUACUGUGCAUCCUUUUUGCCUGCAGCCACAGAGGAAUGGUGGAGGAAGGCCUGAGAAUCUUCCAUCAAAUGGAAUACAACUAUGGUGUGGUACCUGAAAUGGAACACUACGCUUGCGUUGUUGAUCUCUUGGGCCGUGUUGGCCAGUUGAAUGAAGCAGUGGAGUUCAUAAGUAAAAUGCCAAUUGAGCCAAAUGAAAUGGUUUGGCAAACCUUAUUAGGAGCAUGUAGAAUUCACGGAAAUACCAAAUUGGGAGAAACCGCAGCUCAAAAGAUUCUCUCCACUCGACCACAACAUCCUUCUACCUAUGUUCUAUUGUCUAACACAUACAUAGAAUCAGGACUGUACCAAGAUGGGGUUAGCUUGCGAGACACAAUGAAAGAACGGGGCAUUAAAAAGGAACCGGGAUAUAGUUGGAUUUCCAUAAGAGGCGAGGUUCACAAAUUCUACGCAGGAGAUCAACAACAUCCACAGAAAGACAAAAUCUACACCAUGUUAGAAGAAUUGACGUCAAAUAUAAAGUCCAUGCCACGUCACAAUUCAGAAUUCAGUUUCAUGUUAUAA